AGGAGCUGCUCCGACGAAGAACACCGGUGCCCAUCAUCAGUGGUCGUCGGUUCGUUGUCCGGUAACGCCGCCGCUUGCAACUGGAAGAUCACUCUCGUAUACGCGUCACUGUCGCUCAGUAUAUAAUAUAAAUUCAUAGUAUUCAUAUCGACAGAGAACAAUAGUACCAAUUGUCCGAAGCCACUGGCCGCAGAUAGACUUUUGGAUAUCGGCGGGCAAAUUUUCUGUCAGGGGUACCAGCUGACGGGAACACCCCUCGUUACGUGUGGAUAAAACACAGGAAAAAGUUCGUUUUUCGAGCACUAUAAGUUUUGCCAAUAGCUGUUUUCGAGCGAUGCUAGGCAUGGCUCUAGGGAGUGAUGCUCCCACGAGCUCCUAUGACCGUAGCCGGUUAACCGCGGCUAUCCUGUUAAUAGUUUUUGUAGCACUCACCAAGUCCGCUCCAGCAACAAUUGGGGAAAUUGAGCCAAAAAAAACUGAUAUUGCCGAGUAUUUUUCAAAUUUAAAUGGCUGCUUCUACAAUUACCAACAUUACGAUGAAGGUGAUCGUAUUGUUACCAGUGAACCAUGUUUGAAUUGUACAUGCCAUAAUCGAAUGUUAAUGUGCUUUUUGAGGGUGUGUCCUUUCACAAAAGCCAUAGGACAAGACUGUAUCGUAGAAAAAUCACCGGAUCAAUGUUGUCCAACAAUCACUUGCCCUGAAGUUGGUUUUUAUGACGUUACAGUACCUGUAGAAUUAUUGACUAGCUCUACAACACAAAUACCUACAACAACUACAGUGGGGUGGCGAGACAACUAUGGAUGUAUAAUGAACGAUAAUGAAUUUUUCGCAGAUGGCGCACAGCUACCUAUUGAUUUAACAAAACCUUGCGAACUAUGUUAUUGCAUACGAAAUAGAACAGCUUGUGUAAUGCAAGAGUGCACGUUACAUGUUGAAGGUUGUAGACCAGUAUACUUAGAUGGUGUUUGUUGUCCUGUUCGAUAUGAUUGUGAUUACGAAAAAGAUAAACCAACAACAUCUGCACCUCAAAUUACUGGUGGAUUAGUAUUUUCUACAACAUCUGCGCCAUUUGGUUGUCGUGUAAAUGAUGAAGUAUACAAUGAUGGAGAAUCGAUACCAAUGCUAUCUGAAAAACCGUGUCAUCAUUGUUAUUGUAUGAGAGGUGACAUUGUUUGUGCUGUACAAGAUUGUGGAGAACCCCUCAGAGGAAAAGACUGUGUUCCAGAACCUACACCAGCCGGUCAAUGUUGCCCAACUUCAUAUCGAUGUGCAAACGACACGAUUAAUUCAGACGAUGUAACAACUCUCACACCAGUUAUGUCUACAUUCUCCGAUGAAAAUGAAGCUGAAAAAAAUCCAUCUCUCGAAGAAGCCUAUCAAAAGCUAGGAGAAAAUAAACCAGCUCUACCAUCUGUUUUGGAGGAUGAAAGUAUUGGUGUCGAAAACACAGAAAAUCCUAUUAUUAAAAAUGAAUUAUCCACCAUUAAAUACGAAGUCUCAAGCAGUUCAACGAGUAUAGGUACUAAUAACCCUGAGAAUCAAUUGGGUUUCGAUAUUUCAACACAAAUUAAUGAACAAAAUAAAUUAAACGUCAUGAACCCAGAUAAGACAGAAAAAAUUGAUGUUAACGAAAAUGUUGAAAAUGAAGGGGCUUGGACAACUACUAAUCCUCCGAUCAAUGAAUAUACAAAUAGUUAUACCACUAAUCAGUCAUCAGUUCAUAAAGUUCAAAACUCAACUAUUGAUAAAGAUAAUAAAACUGGAAGUUUUAUUGAACCAAUAAGUUAUGAUAAACACGUAACCAAUUAUCCUACAUACACAACACUAGAGAAUUCUGCAACAGAAAUUGCUGCAAUAGAAAACACAUCAGAUAAUACUACAGCAGUUGUUAAUAAAAAUAAACCACCAGCAAUAAACAACCAAGAAAAUACUGAAUCAACUUUAUCACUUAACACUAUGACAACAGAAUCUCCAAACGAAGUGGAUCAGUCAACUAUUAAAGAAAACAAACAAGAAAACUCGCAAAAUUCACAAGACAAUAAAUAUAACAAUACAAAUGAUCAACAAAAUACAAAUGACAACAUUCCCACUACAGAAUUAUUACAUAGCACAAGUGAAAAACCAAUAUCUUCACAAAUUAAUCAAGAAAACGUUCAAAUGCACCAUGGAGGAGAUAAUUACUCACCGACAGAGAUCCCAACAAGUAGUUCGCAAAUUAGCAGUUCAUCUGGCCCACAAGAAGAAAAUAAUGUUCCGAUCGAAGUUUCGACAACUACUCCACAAGUCUCAAAUAAUCAAGAUAAUAACCAAGAGCAACAUAAUGAAAACACGUUGCCAGCUGAAUUCUCACCUAGCACAGAAGAAUCAUAUAUAAGUCAAAUUAAUUCACAGAAUGAAGAAGGUUUAACGCCAACUGAAAUUCUUUUAGACGGUGAACAUGAGCCAAUACAUCAAAAUCCUGAAGAAAAUAUCCAAAAAGAUGAAGUAAAUACCGAAAAUUCUAUAGUAGAUAAUAAGCCAAACAAUAUUAUUAGCGAUUAUAAACCUGCUAACGAAAAUCUAGCACACAGUAGCACUCAGUCAGAUUCUAAUGCAGAACUAACUGUUAACGAAUACGAAAAUGCAGUUACGCAAUCCACUGUUCUCCAGGAUAAUAAAAAAGUACCUAAUGAACAACCAAUCGAAGACCACAACAUAUUUAUGGUAUCACCGUCAUCUCCGCCACUCUUUGCUCAUGACCAAAUUAAAGAAAUUGAAUCGCACACCUUAAUUAUUUCAAACGCCAACAAUGAACAACACUCAACUACUGAAAAUAUUCAAAAUGAUAUCAUUCAAACUUCACCACCUUCAUCCGAACAUGAAUCAAAUGGAAAUCCGUCAGAUGAUCACAAAGAAAAUUUUGAUGAAACUAAGCCAAUUGUAAACGACAUUGAAGAAAGUAUAACGACAACCUUAUCAGAUAGUUCAACGACUAAUGCUGUAGAAUAUAAUAAAUUAGUCGAAGAAAAUUUAAGUGGUAAUACUGAUCAAAUUAAUACAGAUAUUGAAACUUCUACAAUUAAACUGAAUACAUAUGAUGGUACUAACAUAACCACCGAUACUCAGAAAAAACCUUUGGAAGGUUCAUCUGAGAUUUCUUUAAGUAACAAUGUUACGAAACAACCAAUAACCACCAAUGACCAUGAAUAUUCACCUAAUAAUCUCGAAGUUAUACCAAAUUCUACACCUAUAUAUCAACAGCAAAUUGAAGACAAUAACAUUCCAAGUCAACCAAACACUCAAAACUUAAAUGAACCAAUAAAAAUACAUAAUGAUUUAGAAAUAUCCACCGAAACUGACUCGAUAAAUGAUUAUUCAUCUACACCUAAUAAAAAUGAAUAUGUAUCAAAAAAUCCUGAAAUAGAAAAUUAUGAAACUACUCAACAUGAAACUUACAUAGAAACCACAAGUGCAGUUUUACCACAAACAAAUCCAAAUGUAGUAUCAUUUUCAGAAAAAAAUGAUAACAAUAUUAUUACAGAAUCAGCUUUAAAUCUAGCACCCGAUGUAACAACGAUAUCACCCGAAAAAAAUCAAGACAAAAUCAAUGGAAAUGAUGUAUCUAAUACCAAUAAUGAAAUAGAAAAUGAAAAUAUUUUCAACUCUUCCAAUCCUCAAACUAUUAGUUCAAACGUUAACAUUGGAUCUGGAAAUUUAGAAUCAACAAAUCAAUUCAUAGACAACAUUGAAACAACCAUUAAUCCAACAUCUAGUUCAUUAAAUAAUAAUGAAAAUUCUAUUAACAAUUCUUCUAUUGGUAUAUCUAAUAUUACACCUGAUAAUUUGAAUAAUAAUGAGAUACUAACUACAAACGUCAUGGAAAAUAUCUCAACUGACGCUCCAUAUAACCAUGAAAGUAUUGAUACAAGCACUAAUAGUAUUUUUACUCAAGAUUAUCAAGGUUCUCACAUAUCAUCUACAGAAAUCAACUCCAAUGCAGAAUUACCAAAUGCUAAUGAAGUUCUAAAUUCUAAUCCUGAAACUUUUACAUCACCAAUUGAAAUUGAAGGAAACUCGAAUGAAUCAUCAGUCACUCAAGUGCCUUCUACAUCUGACGAAAUAUCUGGUGAUGGUGUCGAUAAUCAAUCAAAUUAUUCUCCAACAAAAACUGAAGAAGAAACAAUAUCAACUACUGAUAAAUAUCCUGGAGAGAAAUUCGACGAAAGCUCUACUCAAAUAAAUAGCAAUCAAAGAGUACCAGGAGAAGGUAGUUGUUUGGUUGAUUUCGUGACUUAUCCCCAUAAAGCUGAAGUACCUAAAUCAAAUCCAUGUCAUGAAAAAUGUGAAUGCUUAAACAGUAUCGUGACAUGUACAUCAAUUGAAUGUCCUCCGCCUCCACAUCAUCAUAAAAAUUGCAUACCUUUACAUCCAGGAAACGAAUCUUGGUGUUGUCCUACUUACAUGUGUGAUGGUGGUAUUGAACAGGGAUUAAUUUUUGAAAGCCAUAAUCAAAUAAGACCUCAAGAUUUUCCAACUGAAAUAUCCAAAGAUAAGCUAACACAAGAAAAUGACGCAAAUAGUAAUGCAAAUGAUCAAGAAUAUAGUACCACUCAAAUAUAUGAAGCUUUUGAACAAGGCACAUCUUUACCGCCUCAAGAUGACACGACUUCUAAUAAUAACUUAAAUGAUAAUUCACAAAUUUUCGAAGUUCCGAGCCAAACUGUAUCAAAUAAACUAUCAGACAAUCCUUAUGAGCCUGAACAUAAUACAUUCGUUGAAUUAACCACUGUAUAUUUGAAACCAACAGAAAAUAAAAACCCUGAUGCAAUACAACAAUUUGAAGAAUUAACAACCCUAUCGUAUGAAAAUAAUAAACCAACAACAAUAGAAAACAUAGCAAUUUCAUCUGAUAGUAUAGAAAAUCAAAGUCUAACUAUAACCCCAAUCUAUCAAAGUACAGAAACACAACCUGUCAGUAAUAUUGAAAAUGAAAAUGUAGAAAGUAUUCUUACUAAAGUUGAGUCAUCGGGUAAGGAAAAUCAAACAAUUCCAGAAAUUACCAAUUUAAAUGAAUCAGAAAUGUUUACAACUUUUAAACCAUAUGAUUCUGCUAUUUAUCAGAAUAAUAAUAAUGUACCAGAAAACGAAGAAAUUAACGUAAAGAUUAAUUUAACGGAAAAUUCAAAUUCUACUAGUAAUCAGAUAUAUAAUGAAAUUGUAGAUAUUAAACCCACACAAUUACCUAUUGAAGCCAUACCAAAUGAUAUUGCACCUACCCGUAUAGAUGAAAUUAUAUCCUCAGUCAAUUUAGUUAAAGAUGUAGUUAAAAACUCAAUGGAAACUUCAUCCAAACCUACAGAAAUAACAUAUCUAUCCACUGACAUAAUACAAGAAAAUAAUUACGAAACAACAGUUACCCCUGAAGAAUCAACAAAACCUUCUUCUUCGAAUGAACCAAAUAAAUAUAUAUCAUCUCAAACGACUUUAGGAAAUCUUGAAACAGAAAUAAGUACAUUAUCCGAAACACUUCAUUACACAGAAUCACCCAAUAAAGCGUCAAACUCUGAACUAGGAGCUUCGACAUAUACACCCACUGAAAUUUCUAACAAACAAGACACAUCAAUAAAUAAUAUAAAUAUAACCUCUUAUGAACAUGAGAUUAUAACAAAUGCACCAUCUAUUCUAUCCGACGAACAAGAAAUUUCAACAAAUACACCACAGAUUAUAUCUGACAAAGAAAAAUAUUCAACAAGUUUUCCAAUAGAAACAAUAAACGAACAAACGAUUUCAACUAAUACUCCUCUAAUACUAACUAAUGAACAAGAAAAUGUUUCAAACCUUCCACCUCUUCCAGCCAAUGAACUUAAUAUUGACACUAACCCAACCCAACCAGAUAUAUCUUCUAGUGAACAACCAGCUUCUACAAACCAGCCAGAGAUAUCUUCGAGUGAACCACCAGCUUCUUCAAACCAACCAGAAAUAUCUUCUUAUGAACAAUCAGCUUCAACGGACCAGCCAGAGAUAUCUUCUAGUGAACAACAAGCUUCUACAAACCAGCCAGAAAUAUUUUCUAGUGAACAACCAUCUUCUUCAAAACAGCCAGAGAUACCUUCUAGUGAGCAACCAGCUUCCACAAACCAACCAGAGAUAUCUUCGAGUGAACCACCAGCUUCUUCAAACCAGCCAGAAAUAUCUUCUUAUGAACAAUCAGCUUCAACGAACCAGCCAGAGAUAUCUUCUAGUGAACAACAAGCUUCUACAAACCAGCCAGAGAUACCUUUAAGUGAACAACAAGCUUCUACAAACCAGCCAGAGAUACCUUUAAGUGAACAACAAGCUUUUACAAACCAACCAGAGAUAUCUUCGAGUGAACCACUAGCUUCUUCAAACCAGCCAGAAAUAUCUUCUUAUGAACAAUCAGCUUCAACGAACCAGCCAGAGAUAUCUUCUAGUGAACAACAAGCUUCUACAAACCAGCCAGAGAUACCUUUAAGUGAACAACAAGCUUCUACAAACCAGCCAGAGAUACCUUUAAGUGAACAACAAGCUUUUACAAACCAACCAGAGAUAUCUUCGAGUGAACCACUAGCUUCUUCAAACCAGCCAGAAAUAUCUUCUUAUGAACAAUCAGCUUCAACGAACCAGCCAGAGAUAUCUUCUAGUGAACAACAAGCUUCUACAAACCAGCCAGAGAUACCUUUAAGUGAACAACAAGCUUCUACAAACCAGCCAGAGAUACCUUUAAGUGAACAACAAGCUUUUACAAACCAACCAGAGAUAUCUUCGAGUGAACCACUAGCUUCUUCAAACCAGCCAGAAAUAUCUUCUUAUGAACAAUCAGCUUCAACGAACCAGCCAGAGAUAUCUUCUAGUGAACAACAAGCUUCUACAAACCAGCCAGAGAUACCUUUAAGUGAACAACAAGCUUCUACAAACCAGCCAGAGAUACCUUUAAGUGAACAACAAGCUUUUACAAACCAACCAGAGAUAUCUUCGAGUGAACCACCAGCUUCUUCAAACCAGCCAGAAAUAUUUUCUAGUGAACAACCAUCUUCUUCAAAACAGCCAGAGAUACCUUUAAGUGAACAACAAGCUUUUACAAACCAACCAGAGAUAUCUUCGAGUGAACCACCAGUUUCUUCAAUCCAACCAGAGAUAUCUUCAUAUGUGCAACUAGAUUCAACGAACCAGCCAGAUAUACCUUCUAGUGAACAACAAACUUUUACAAACCGACCAGAAGUAUCUUCCAGUGAACAACCAGCUUCUACAACCCAGCCAGAAGUAUCUUCUUAUGAAACAUUAGCUUCAACGGACCAGCCGGAAAUAUCUUCUUAUGAGCAACCAGAUUCAACGAACCAGCCAGAGAUAUCUUCUAGUGAACAACAAACUUUUACAAACCGACCAGAAGUAUCUUCCAGUGAACAACCUGCUUCUUCAAACCAGCCAGAGAUACCUUCUAGUGAACAACAAGCUUCUACAAACCAGCCAGAAAUAUCUUCUUAUGAAACAUCAGCUUCAACGGACCAGCCAGAGAUAUCUUCUAGUGAACAACCAGCUUCUACAAACCACCCAGAAUUAUCUUCUCAUGAACAAUCAGCUUCAACGGAUCAGCCAGAGAUAUCUUCUUAUGAGCAACCAGCUUCCAUAAAUCCACCACAGGUUUUAUCUAACGAGCAAGAAAACUCUAACGCAGUGAUAUCUGAUGUCAACAAUAACGAACCUGAUACUUUAGCCGAACAAACACCAGAGAUCACAACACAAUAUUUACAUAGCUCAGACACUUUAGAAACCGUGAGUGGUAAGCCAGUGAAUUUUGAAAGUGCUAAUUCACCGUCACAACCCAUUAAUACGAAUGUUCACGAAGCAGAGUCUCAUAAAUUGCCAGAGAUUACAACGGAGUAUGUUCAUUCUCAAGUGCAACAAAAUGUUUCUAGUAGUACACCGUUUAUUAAACCUGCUGAAGAGUAUAAUCCUAUUACAGAAAUUUCUGUUUCUGAAAUAGUCACAAACCAACCUAUAGUAGAAUUAACAGAAAAAUUGCCAGUAAGUGAAUACUCGACUAACACUAACACCGAAUCAACAGAAAAAGUUGAUACGAAGUUCAGCUCCUUGCCGUCAAAUCAGUCAUCAAAUCAUGAACAAAAUAAAAUUCCUCAGGAUUCUGGAAAUAAAGUGCAAAUACCGUUUGAUACUGAAAUUCCUGAAACUUAUAAACCUUCGGACACUCCCACAUAUACUCAUAAACCAUCUUUUUCAUCUAUUCCACAGUCAUCUUGGACACAAAAACCAUUCCACCCUGAAAGUACUUCUGAAGCGGCACAACCAGAUCAAGGGUUCUCUGAUGAAUACGAAGAUGAAAAUGAGGCAGUCUUCGGACCAGGCACUUGCAGGUAUGGAGGAAAAAUCUACGUAUCAGCUCAACAAGUUCCUAGAGAUGAUCCUUGCGAUUUCUGCUUUUGUUUCCGUGGUGACAUAAUUUGCCUUCAACAAAGUUGUCCACCGCCAAUAUUUGGUUGUUAUCAAGACACUAUUCAAGGAUUCUGCUGCCCAAGAUAUGAAUGUCCAGUAGCUCAAGCCACCCAAGUAAAUGUAACAACGACAACGACAACGACAACUACAACGGUUCCACCACAUUUCUUUGCUAACGCAUAUCGUGGAGCAGCCCGACGAUCUGGUUGUCUAAUUCAUGGUCAUGCGUAUAGAGUGGGUGAAGAUGUUGGUAUUGCUUCUGGACCUUGUAUGCAAUGCAUAUGUGGUGAUGAUGGCAAAAUGCAAUGUAAUCCUAAAGCAUGUAGUCCAGAACCUGUUCUUAGAAAAAUGUUGGCUGAAACUGUUAAUUCCAGAAGAUGAAUAAGUUAAUUAUUAUGACAAAAAGUGCCAAAAACCACAAUUCAUUACGAGCAAAAAAACAAAGACUAGACCAUCAAUUAUUAUUAAUAUUAUUAUUUAUUAUUAUUAUAAAUAUAAAAUUACAACGAUAAAUAUUCACAUUUUGGAUAUUACGUUGCUCAAUAAAAAAUUAUACCAUCCCUGCUAGAAAAGACAAACAUGGUAUGCCAUCAUGAAAACAUUGGAGACUGGUUCUAAUGAAUAUUUUAUUUAUUACUCUUAGUUUAUAAAAAAAUAGGUUAGUUAUUUAUUUUAUGAAUAAUUUAAUGUGAACUAUUUGACAUUUUUAAGAAAAUUUUUUACCUAUUUAAUUAUAAAUGCCAAAUAUUAACAGACAAUAUGACGCAUUAUGGUAACUUUUUCACCACUUGCUAGUCUGUCAUUACAUAAUUUCACUAGAUACGGCAUUCCAAAUUUCAAUAAUAAAUAAUGACUUUAUUUUUUUAAUUUAAAACAAAAUAUUAGAAUUGAUUUUUCUUGAUAGCCAUUAUUGUACUCUGUAUAUAUUGCUGCCAUUUAUAUUUGUGUUUAAGUUAAAAAAAAAUGUUACUCAAAUUUACCAAUAAAUUCGUUUAAACCAAUGCCCAAUCUUGUGCUCAUGUGCACGAUGAGAUUUUUUUUUGUAACAAAUUAUAUCUGAGUCGUUUAACAGGCAGAAAUAAAUAAUAAAGUAUCUAACUUAAAAUUAUUUAAAAUAACGUUAUAUAUCAAAUUUCUGCCUCUCGAACACACAGAUAUUUUUGAAUGAAAAUCAUGUAAAUAGUAUUUGUUCAUAAGUUUAAUUAUAGUAUAAUAAUAUCAUAAUACAUCAUUAUAUUAUUAUUAAGUCAUACGUUUUCUACUUUUAAUA